AUGUCUACUAACACAAGCGACCUUGUCAAAGGUCCACCUGAGCGUCCAUUCAUAUGGUCGCCGGACCCAAUUCUUAUCGAUGAUGUUGGGGAUAACAAGAAAAUCAAUGUUUGUGAGAUAUUUCGAUUUGAAUCUCAGUUGGCAGCCACAAUGUGUAAGGAAGUACUGAAGCUGCCACCUUCUUUGUACCCACCUGAUUGGGACAAGCGCAAAUUUGUUGAAGACAAAUUCAAAGAGGCUGCAUUGAAAGCAAACAUACUUCUCAAACCAACCCAGACUCGCCAUGACUCCAAGGACAAAAACACCACUCUAUCUUGCAAUGUUGGAACUUGUUACAGAGAAAAGAAAGACUGGGCGAGCUCGCAGACGUCCAUUCGACUGGGGAAGGAGAACUCUGACAACUGUUCUCCUGACGUUUACAAGGCAGAUGUGAGAAUGGAUCGUAUUGUCAACAAGGACAAAGCGUGCAGAGAUGAUGGUCGCAGUGGAAGCAGAAGAACAAGCACCCAGCUCCCAUUGAAAGGGAACGAAUGCAAGUUCCAGCUCAUUCUUCGACUCAAAGAAGGUCAGUAUUGGUACUUGAAGUAUACAACCAAAUCCAAUGCCCAACACAACCACGAGUGUGUACCUAUAGAAGAGCAGGACAGACCAAUGGCUAGCUUCACUGAGUCUGAACGGGAGCAGUUUGCCAUGUUCUCUCAAAUGGUCCCCGGAGGAGGAGCGCAGGCUUUGGCGACCAAGAUAAGUGGCUCCCAUGGCAUCAGCCAGGGGCAGCUUCGACACAACCAGAAGAAGUUUGAGGGCAAGGCAGGUAAAAAGCAAACUCAGGCACAAGAAGCAAUUGAUUACCUUCGGUCCCAGUGUGAGCUGGGACAGAUGAGUUACAUGGCACUAUUGCAUGAAGUCACAGAAACCAGCUUAUUGGCUGUGUCGAAGUAUGAUAUCAAAGCCAAGGAAAGAAUGGCCAUGCAGGAUUCAGAGAUUCACUCAGUAACACCCACUGACCUUGAACUUGAGCAAGCCGAAGAUGUUAGUCUCUCCUUUGAGUGCAGUGAUGAGAGUGGUCAAGUUACGAGAAAGUCUUCUGUCACACUGAGCAACACAAAUGAACUGCUUGGCUUGGGAGAAGCUCUGUUCGCAAUCAGGAAUGACAUGAAGGUGGGGCAGAAGGUUGUGCUGGCACUCGCUUGGACUCGCACGGAUGAGAAGAAACUCUUCGAGAUGUUCCCCGAAGUCUUGAUGGUAGAUGUCACUAUGGGAACAAACAAUCAAGGCAGGCCAUUGUUCGUUAGUUGCUGUCCAGGACCGGAAAUGGAAAUCUUUACUCCUGUUCGAAUGUUCUUACCUUCCCAAUGCAAGUGGGUAUUCGAUUAUAUAUUCUCCACAGUCUUCCCGACGUUGCUUGGAAGAGAGGCACUUGCACGCACACAAUUGGUACUGAGCGAUGGAGAUAACAAAAUCUACAAUGCCUUUGAUGCGAACCGGGAGGAACACUAUCCAAGAGCAAUCCAUGGACUUUGUUUGUUUCAUCUGGUGCGACAGCCAAUGGAAAAGGCCGGCUCUAACUUCCGGUGCAUGGACCAAUCCUUCUGCAAAGACCAAAAGGAAACCUUCAUUCAAUGGCUGUACACAUGGAUGACUGGAGGUGGCAUCGAAAGUGAAGAGGAAUAUCAAAUUUCACUGGGUAUGCUGUACACCUGGCUUCGUAGUUUCAGAAACAAGAGAUCGUCAAGAAACAAGCAGAUUCAGAAGAUCAACGAUGCGUUGGAGCACAAUUCAAGAUUCAUGGAAACCUUCCUUGUGACCAAAAUACUUCCACACAAGGAUCGUUGGUUCAUCGUGCAUAGACUUAACAGGAGGUAUCUUCAGCAGACCAGCACUUCCGCAUUGGAGGGUGGGAUCAACCAAAAGAUCAAAGUCAAAAGCAGCACCCCUGUCACACCAAACAUGAACCUUGCUACUUCCAUUCGAACACAAAAUCAGCAGACGGAUCUGAAAAUGGAUAGACUGAACAAGUCACGCAGGGCCAUCAAAGACGGGACAAUGCUAUGGUCAUCCUCUCCCACAGCUCCAUUCUUGACUCCAAUGGGAGAAAGCUUCAGUCAUGGGUUACACCUGCAAAAACAAAACUAUGUUCACAGGGCAAGUUGCCAGGAAGCAAAGACAAUCGAGACGGUUAGACUUGAUCAGAAGGGGAUCUUUUGUCAAGAAUGCAACAAUGAAGAGCAUGGCAAAUGGAUACCCCUGCCGCCAUAUUGCCUCCCUGAUUAA